AUGCAAACGUCUCAUUUAGCUGCAGCUUUAAUGUCUUCAUCAAGUACGUUUAAUAACGUUUCCACUACAGACACUGCAGUAACUGGUACCAAUAUUAUUAAUGCAAAUAAUGAAAAAAAGAAUGAUAAACAGAAUGAAUCUCAUAAAGAAACCGUUGAGGAAGACAAAGAAGAGAUUGGUAGUGGUGAUGACUUUUCUGAUGAGGAAUCGGAAGCUCAGCCUGGUAAUAAAUCCAUGCCCGGAAGAGGUGUUACCUUACAAAUGCUCUUAGAAGAGAAAAUGUUAGUGCCUGGUAUAGCUGCAAUGACAAUAGAAUAUUUGGGACAAAAGUUUGUGGGGGACUUACAACCUGAUGGCAAAAUAAAAUCGCAUGAAACUGAAACAAUAUUUUGCUCACCUUCUGCAUGGGCAAUACAUUGUAAACGAAUUAUUAAUCCAGAUAAAAGAUCAGGCUGUGGUUGGGCUUCAGUUAAAUAUAGAGGCAAGAAAUUGGACACUAUAAAAGCUACAUAUCUUCGUAGGAAACAGUUGCAGAGAGAAAACAUGCGCUCUGAUGAGGAGAACGAAAUGGAGGUUGAAAGUGCUCCAGAGCCUCCACCACAAAGAAUUGUAAUGAAACACAAUACUGUUCCAAAUAGAAUGAUGCAACAUGAUGCAAAUAUGCUGAUAGAGGCAGUAUCUUUUUCUUCGGCUGGCAAAGUACAACCUUUCCUAGUCUCUGUCAAUUCUAAUGCCUCCCUCGUCCUUGAUCUUCACUGUCAUUUGAAAAAAGAAGAAGUUCAUGGUUAUUUAGCAGGAACAUGGGAUUUGAAUAGUCAUACGGUCAUGAUUACUCACACAUUUCCCUGUCUAAAGUCUAAAAGUGACCCAAGACCAAAGGUAUUGGUUGAAAUAGAGAUUCAGAUGGAGAUGGAAAAACUUGGUUUAACACUACUAGGUUGGUACCAUUCACAUCCAACAAAUCCUGCUAUGCCAAGUCUCAGAGAUUGUGACAAUCAACUUGAAUAUCAAAUAAAAAUGAGAGGUCCAUCUGAAAUAUCUUAUUUACCUUGCAUUGGUGUAAUAUGCUCUCCUUAUAAUCCGGAAAGUCCUGUUUUGGAAUCAUCGUUAACAUUCUUUUGGGUAAUGCCUCCACCAGAACAGAGGCCUACUGAAUAUCCUCGGCCAUUAUUACUUCAAUAUAAUAUGAUACAUGACAGCCAUUUAUCAACACAUGCAAUGGAACAAAUAAAGAGAACUAUUAAAUAUUACUUUAAUUAUGCAGAUGAUACAUUUGUAAACUUUAAAGAGAAUUAUAAACCUGACAUUACAUUUUUAGAUAAGUUGAAGUGUACUUUGACACCUAAAUUCCCAAGAGAACAAAGUGAUGGCUUGUUAUGGCAUUUCAUACGCGAUGAGCUGGGCUGUUCAUCUGAACAAGAUGAGAAAAUAGACUUGGAUGCUCUUUUAGCUGUUCCUCAACCAAUUCCUCCACUUAAGCCUACCCAACCAACAUCUAUACCUAAUUUCCCGUCAGUUAGUACUCUCCAGCAAAUGGUUAGCCGACCAGCUGGUGUUCCUCCAAUAAACGUAUCUUCAGGUAUAGGAUCAAUAUCUCCGCAUAAAUUUGAAGCUCCACAGUUGAAUAUACCAGUACUUUCAACAUCAUCAAAGUCAUCAAAAUCAAGUACAUCUUCAUUGUCAUCUGCUUACCCCACAGGAUUAGACAUGUUGACGAGUAUGGCUUUAGGGUUGGGAUCAGGAAACAUGCCUUUGCCUUUAGGUGCUGGCAGCUUAGAAAGCUUAGCUGCUGCUAACAGCAUGUUAACUGGUCUAACACCAGGAAUGUCGUCUAACUUAGCAGCAAGUCUAUCAAGUAGCAAACUCUCCGACCCACCAUCUUAUGCUGCAUCUUUACAGAAUUUGACAGCAAUGGGAUCUUAUGAAAAAACGUCUACUAGUACUUCAACAAGCAACACAACUUCUACAGCGCCAAUCCCAGCGAGUAUUGCUUCUAAUCUCAUGAUGAGUUCAGCCGAUAUUGCCAAUGCUUUGUUUUCAGCGAGCAAAUAUUCCAGCGCAGGUAUAUUAGGUAUUCCUGAUCCAAUGUCGAAAUCGACAUUAGCCGCUAAUAACAUGUUUUUGUCACCUUCUUUGCUCAAAAUGCAAGAGUCUCUUUUAAAACCUCUUUCAAGCAGUAGUUCUAUAUCGUCUAAAGUUGGCCUAGAUCAAAAUGUUCUGAUGAAAUCUCCACAUGACCUACUGAAAAGCACGAAAGACUAUCUACCGCCAGAUUUUGGUAGUAUUGGGAAAGGAAAAAUGGAAGGUUCCUUGGAUACAAGUAAACAUGCGGAUAGUAGUACAACUAUAAAAGGUGACUCGUCGAAAUCCAUCCCUCUUACUUCAGAUAAUCAAGCAACGGACUUUAGUAUGUCAUCGCGUGUGGGCGGAGAAUCAUUUUUGAACCAAAUGUUGGAACUAACUAAAAAGACAACAAUGUCUGAUUACAUGACAGAAUAUAAUCAGCCAUUAAAGUUAACAGAAGAAGAAAGUCAGGUUCCACUAUCGUCAAGUCAUGUCUACUCUAACACAUCUAGCAUUGCUGAUACGAUAGCGCAAGUAUCAAUGGGUAAUUAUUCUAAAAUGGACGACGUUAUUGAUUAUAAUAAAAGCCAAGAUUACAGCAUGACUAAAAAUUCUACAAAUGAGAGUGAAAAGUAA